UAAUAAAACUGCGUCAAAGGGGACUUUGUUGUUUUUGGUUAUUUCGUGUUUAUUUUUGCCUUACUGUGGAGAGAAACACGGGUCUAGUCAUUAUCGAGAGCGGAGAAGAACUAUGCAAAAUGUGUUUUGUUUGCAGUGUCUGCUACACGUUUAUUUACACAAAAUAUUAGUAUAACUACUUUGACCUACGAAAAUCGGGAGUUUUAAAGCCGUAUGCAUAGACUUUCACCGGAAGUUGUCGCUCUUCUUCGUCGGCAGAGGGAGGUGGUUGCUCAGCUUGUGCCACGUUGAUGGAGACCAGUGUGGACGUGGAAAGCCGUCUGCAAUCCGCAGCCGGUACCCGGUAGUGUCUGUCCGUGGCUUUUCUCUGGUUUUUGGCCUUGAGCUGAACUCCACCGAGGAGUGUGGGCAUUGUUUGUCUUCUAUUUGAUGUGUGCGUUUAUGUGAGAAGGAGCAAAAGAGACAAGGAUGAAACUCAAAGAGAUCAACCGCACAGCCAUCCAGUGCUGGAGUCCUGCUCAGCACCACCCCAUCUACCUGGCCACAGGAACAUCAGCCCAGCAGCUGGAUGCCUCCUUUAGCACCAAUGCGUCUUUGGAGUUUUUUGAGUUGGAUCUGGCUAAUCCAUCUCUGGAUAUGAAGUCAUGUGGCAACUACUCCUCAACUCACAGAUAUCACAAACUGGUAUGGGGUCCCUACGGGAUGGAUGACCAGGGUCACCCCUCUGGUGUCCUAAUUGCAGGAGGGGAGAACGGCAACGUCAUUCUGUAUGACCCAGCAAAAAUAAUGGCUGGGGAGAGCGAUGUGAUCAUAGCUGAGAGUGACCGACACACAGGGCCAGUCAGGGCUCUGGACAUCAACCCCUUCCAACCAAAUCUGGUAGCAUCAGGUGGAAAUGAGUCUGAAAUCUUUAUCUGGGACAUGAACAACUUUGGUUCUCCGAUGACACCAGGACCUAAGACGCAGCCUGUGGAGGACAUAAGCUGUGUGGCAUGGAACAGACAGGUCCAGCACAUCCUGGCCUCUGCCAACCCCAGUGGCCGAGCCUCGGUGUGGGAUCUUCGUAAGAAUGACCUCAUUAUUAAAGUCAGCGACCACAGUAACAGAAUGCACUGUUCUGGCUUGGCCUGGAACCCAGAGGUGGCCACUCAGCUGGUCCUGGCCUCAGAGGAUGAUCGGUUGCCCGUCAUCCAGAUGUGGGACCUGCGUUUCGCUACCUCUCCUCUCAAGAUCUUAGAGAAUCACACACGAGGUGUUCUGUCCAUCGCCUGGAGCGUGGCUGAUCCUGAGCUGCUCCUGAGUUGUGGUAAGGACAGCAGGAUCCUGUGCUGGAAUCCAAACACUUCAGAGGUGCUGUACGAGUUACCCACCAGCAGCCAGUGGUGCUUCGACAUCCAGUGGUGCCCGAGGAACCCUGCCGUGCUGUCAGCCGCUAGCUUCGAUGGACACAUUGACAUCUACUCCAUCAUGGGAGGCAGCGACCGAGCGCAAAACCAGAGAAAUGCUGACCAGAUUAGCACUUCAUUCGGGAACAUGGAUCCCUUUGGAACAGGCCAAACGCUGCCUCCGCUGCAGCUGCCUCAGACCACUGUGCCCCCAGCUUCAGUAAAUCCUCUGAAGAAACCGCCCAAGUGGAUCCGCAGACCUGUUGGAGCUACGUUUGCUUUUGGUGGGAAGAUGGUUACUAUAGAGAAUGGGAAGCCAAACCCUCAGCAGCCCCAGCAGCCUACUCACCAUGUGGUGCAUAUCAGUCAGGUCGUCACGGAAACAGCCUUUCUGAAGCGCUCUGAUGAGCUGCAGGCCACUCUGACUGCAGGCACCUUUGUGGAUUUCUGCCAGGGAAAAAUCAGUGCUGCUGAAAAUGAAUUUGAAAAGACUCUCUGGUCUUUUCUCAAGGCUAAUUUUGAAAGCGAUAUCCGCAUCAAGUUUCUUGAACUUCUGGGAUACAACAAAGAAGAGUUGGCCUUAAAGAUUUCUGCAGCCCUAGAAGAAAAACCUGAUUCUCUCAAACCGGUGGAACCUCCUUCGGUCGUUCAGAACCCUUUACCUGACCUCAGCCUGGCUGCAGCUGUAGACAAUCCUGAAGCAGCGUUUGACCUGAUCGCUGCUGCCAACAUCCAACCAGCUGACACCCUUGAUCUGGACUCCCCUGUCGAGGCAGACGAUGAGAAGGCAGAGGAUGACGAUGAAGAAGAGGAUCUUCUUGCCAGUGAUCCAGAGGAGGAUGUGGUUCUCCCAAAGGGACAGACAGAGGAGGAUGAGAAGGAAGAGGAGGAGGACGACGAGGAGGAAAUUGCAUUAGAUGAGGAGACCCCAGCACCAGUGAAGGAGCCCAGUCCAGUUCAGUCCACAGCUACAACAUCAGAGGUCACUCAAGUCACAGCUCCAGCCUCUGAUGAAGGAGUCGACCUCAUCAUCAGUCAAGACGUGGACGGGCUCAUCACACAGGCCCUGCUGACUGGAGACUUUGAUGGAGCUGUGGACCUCUGUCUCCAUGACAACAGGAUGGCAGACAGCAUCAUCCUGGCCAUAGCUGGAGGAGCUGAGCUCCUGGAGAAAACCCAAAAGAAAUAUUUUGCCAAAACACACAGUAAAAUAACCAAGCUCAUCAGUGCCGUGGUGAUGAAAGACUGGCACCACAUCUUGAAGACGUGCAACCUGCAGAACUGGAAGGAGGCUCUAGCUGCUGUCAUGACCUACGCUCAGCCAGAGGAGUUCUCCUCUCUCUGUGACCUUCUUGGUGCCAGACUAGAGACAGCAGAGGGCGCUGACCUGCAAGCUCAGGCCUGUCUGUGUUACAUCUGCGCUGGCAAUGUGGAAAAACUGGUAGCUUGUUGGAUGAAAGGUCAAGAAAGACACUGCCCCCUGUCUCUCCAGGACCUUGUGGAGAAAGUGGUUGUGCUGCGUCGUGCAGUGGAGCAGACCCAGCACUCCAGUUCCACCACUGUUGGCGUCCUAUUGGCUGAGAAGAUGAGCCAGUAUGCCAACCUGCUGGCCUCACAGGGCAGUCUGUCCACCGCCAUCACCUACCUGCCUGACAACACCAACCAGGUUGCCGUAGAGCAGCUCCGCGACCGACUCAGUCGAGCUUUGGGACAGCAGGGCACGGCUCCCGCUGUUCCCGUGCAAACCCAGAGAACUCAGUCCCGACAACGGCAGACUCAGCAGGGCUCCUCGCUGCCACAGCAUCCUUUUACACCAGUGCAGCCUCCCAUGGUGCCUCCCUCUGCCCCUGCACCAGCCCAGAUGCACUUUUACCAGCCAGUGAGGGUUGCCCCCACUGUCACCUCCUGGAGUAACCAAUGUCCCACAGCUCUCCCCAAUGUCCCUCCUCCUCUUCAAGUAGGGAACGCCUCAGAGCAGCAGACGGAACCUCCGAACCCCAUGUAUGGCAUGAAAGCUUCCUCUUCAGCUGCUCCUCCUCCAGCCUCCUCCACUCCUGCCUACAUGCUCUCCCAUCAGUACCAGCCCAACCCUCAGGUCAACCAGUACCCAGCUGGAGCCGGGGUACAGUGCCCCACCUCUCCUGCCACCAGUGUCCCUCUUUCUCCUGUAGACCUGUGCUCCCCUGCUCAACCUGGCUUCCUCUCACCAUACACACAGCCCGUGUCUAUCUUCUAUCACAGACAAUCUUCCUUCAGUCAUGCUCUGUCCUCCACUCCACCGACGCUCAACCCCUACUUUCCUAAUGCCUCCUCCUGUUCCUCCGCUCUGUCUGCUCCUCUGUCCCCUGGAGCGUCUUUCCAGCAUGGAGGACCAGGAUCUCCUGUGUCAUACAUGCCUCUCUUUCCACUGAGUGGAAUCUCAGGUACACUGCAUGACCGUGACACCGACCCGACCCCCGCCUCUCAGAGAACAGGGCCUCAGAAUGGCUGGAACGACCCUCCAGCUCUGAGCAGAUCAUCAAAGAAGAAGCAGGUUCUAGAGAACUACACUCCCCCUGCACCCAUCACUGCUCCCAUCAUGGCUCCACUUGGUGCUGACCCUCAGGCACAGUCUGUGCCCUGUGGAGCUCCUCAGGGCAUGGGUCACGGUCUGCACAAUGCCCAGAUUCCCUACUCUGGCAUGCAACAACAACAACAACAACAACAACAACAGCAGCAGCAGCAGCAGCAGGUCACCUCUCCAGUAACCCUGAACCCUGGACUGCCCAAGAGUAACACAGAGGGAGCACCGGGAGCCCCUACUGGAGAUAUUGUGCAGCCUCUGAAGGCCAUGCCCGCUGAAAAGAUCAUGAAGAAGCCCAUCCCUGAUGAGCACAUGGUUCUUAAGACCACAUUUGAAGGACUCAUCCAGAAGUGCUUGGCUGUAGCUACAGACCCUCAAACCAAGAGAAAACUUGAUGAUGCCAACAAACGCUUAGAAGCACUUUAUGACAAACUCAGAGAGCAGACGCUCUCUCCAGCCAUCGUCGGAGGACUGCACAACAUCGCCAGGACCAUAGAGUCACAAUCCUACACCGAGGGCCUCAACAUUCACACCCACAUCGUCAGUAACAGCAACUUCAGUGAGACGUCGGCGUUCAUGCCCGUGCUCAAGGUGGUGCUGACGCAGGCCAACAAACUUAAGGUCUGAUCAGACAACAUUGAUUGUUCAAAGAAUGUGUCCCCGGUCCAGACAGACGGUGGAGAGCCGGUAGUCAGGGCCGAGCUGAACGGUUUUAAAAAUAAUUCACAGGAAGUGAAAUGAAGAUUUCAGAGAUGUAUGAAAAAGAAACUUUCCCUUUUUUUUGUGCCACUCACCUAAGCCAUGUCUCAUCACUCAGCAUUAAAGGGAACAGUUCAGAGCCCGAUGUAAAGCAGGUGGAGAGCAGAUAAAGGGCUAAACUGAGUUGUUUUUUUUAUUUUAAAGUAGCUCGCCAGUCAGUGAUCAGUAAAACCAAAUGAAAUGUCAUUAGUUAACAUUUGAGUCAUGCUUGUAGGAAAUUGAUUAUGAUAUCUGAACAAUUUCACAGAUUGAAGCCAUGUAAACUGCAGACCAUCUGUGUGAGGAAUACAUGUAUUUGGCAUUUACAAUACUAAGGGAGUAAAUGGAAGAACUAAAAAUAUAUAAAAAUCAGAACGAGACCCAGGAAUUUUAGGGCAUUUUAUCAGUGUAUUUGUAAUUUGAGGAAAACAUUAGUCUUGUGCAAAACGCAUGUCCUUCACUACCGCACAGAGAACCGUAAUUAGAGAAAUUUUAGCUUGCUUCAUUUUUAAAGUGUUUGAUUUUUUGUGCAAUAAUCACAUACUUUUAUGAUCCAUGAAUAUGUGCUUUAACCACCACAAACCUUUACUUUGUUUUCUUAAAGUCAGUGCAGGCCUUUAUGGCUUUUUGCAGUAGAUCUGCAAAACAGACUGCAGGGAUGUUUGUUUUAGCAGCAGACGUGAUAUGUAUUCAUUAAAAAAAAGAAACAUUUAGCUGUUCGAAUUAAAGCCAACACUUCCCUCUGCGAGCAUUUCAAGCAGCAUCACUGUUUCGAUCCAUCUGCACCGAAUAUUGCAUUUGCUUGUUUUCCAAACCUGCAUGUAAUGGCUUUCUUUCACCGCGUGAUGUCACUGCAUUAGACGGCGAUCAACUUCAACCUCAUCUGUAACAGACAUUUAAUCAUUUUUGUUUUCUUGACUUGUUUUUUCACAACAUCUAUGUAGUCACAUGUCUCAGCAAAGUGCAAUGGACGUCUUUUCCUUAAGUGUGCAUGCUUUACUCCAACGCUACAGUCGUCUUAAAUGGACACGGGGAGGAUGGAUCUGUUUGAGUCAGGCCUCAGGAAGAGACUGGAAUCAGACGUGUGUACUUGAUUUUCAUUCCAAUUCUAAUGAGAGCGACAGUCAGCCUCCGUUUGUGUUGUUAAUAAAGGAAAACAAGUCUUUGUUUUAGAUGGACUACAUUCAAUAUUUUCAAUAAAUAGUAUUUAUUUACGAAGA